CCCGUUUGAUGGGCUGGAAAAACCCUGUAGCAUCUAAAAUAUUUUCGGUUUAUCAAACGCGUUAAUAAAUAUUUCGGUUUAUCUCUCUCGCCCUUGCUCAACCCGACCGCCUGCUGCUCGUCGUCUCUCUCGGCCUCUCACUCUCCUGCUCCCCUCGUCGUCUCUCUCGCCCUUGCUCAAGAACAAGUGGUCCGUCUCUUCCUCUCUCGUUUUUGCAGCGGAUUUCGUGUGGGGAAACUCGGAUUUUGCUUUCGACUCCCGAUUCUGAAAGUAUCUUGUGGCUCGCCCUGUUACCGAGCUCAGGAAAUUGCCAACCUCUCUCUCUGCACCAACAAGCUGAGGCUCGAUUGUUUCUCUGUGAGUUGUCAAAAGAUGCAAUGUAAUCUAAGAGUAGCAAAAGGGAAAAGUGCGUGGAGAAAGAUGUGUUACUGUUAUCUAGUCCUCGUCUAGUUCACACCUGCAAUUGGUGAUCAAGAACAGCAGUUUCUUGUUUAACAUUGAGCUUUCCUGUUUAUGCUGCAACAGUUAUUUGCUCUUGCCCAAUUGUCUUUAUGCAACAUUCAACACCCAAAGAAAGCCAAAUUUUUGAAGUAUGGAAGCAAUUUGACAGUUCACGUCAGUUACAGGGUUAACGUACUUUUCAGAGAUGCCACCUUUCCGAAACCGGUAUAUGGUGGUUGAAGCUUUUUUGGACCCAAAUAGGGACUUCGCUGGAGAUGAGACAAUUAUUCUCACUCAAUUUAAUGUGUCAAAAGCAAUUAAAGACAGUAUUCAAUUCAAUUUUGGAAAAUGUGGCUUAGCUGCCUCUCUUGGAUCCUUCCAUGUGAAGUAUGUGAAUCCAAUAACACAGCUAUGCAUUAUUAGAGUGGCUCGUAAAGAACAUCAAAUGGUAUGGUCUGCUAUCACCAUGGUUAAGAGCAUUGGGCAAUGUCCAAUAAUUUUCAACUUGUUGGAUUUGAGUGGGAGCUUGAAAGUAUGUAAGACUGUUGCCUUGAAAUGUGAAGAGGCAAAAUUUGAACGCUACAAGCUUACAGCUAAAGAUGGGAACUCGCCACAACUUGUCCAAGAAGUACACAAUUAUUUUGAGAAAAUAAAAGCUUUGGAAAUGUAGAGGUGAAAGUUGUGGCAUUGCUCUACAUGUGUUUGCUAAAUCUGCUUUUUUGGGCUGGGUCCACCAAGUGCCUUAUGGAGUACCAUCAUUAGCACAUGGUUCAGACAUGGGAUUGCGAAUGAGUAGCAGCAGCUGCUGCAAUACUUGAGAAGGCUCUGGUUUGCAGAACAGCUUAGCUAGUGGCUCUGUUAUUGUUUUAUUAUAGCUGGUAAACUGGAUGAUUUCAAAAUGGAGAGGUCAUGCCAGGCAGAUUGCGGGAGGUGUGUUUGAUUUUAAUGUGUAUUAACAAUGCCAUUAUUGAAUGUAAAACAAAAGACUUUUGGGCAACCCAUCAAUUUUUUUUAUAUUA